AUGGGAUCGCGGUGGGACGAGUGGCUCUGCGGCGAGGAGACGCUGGAGGGCGAGACCGGGAUCGGCGGGGCGAGACACAUUGCAAUGUCACGGGAGCCUUCCACGACCGACACGAAGGAAGAAGCGGUGGAAGCGUGCCGGAACGAGUGCUUCUACUGUCGCAAAAGUCUCACGGAAGAAAACGCGACUGUUGACUACCUCAUCAAAAAAAAGAAUGGAUGCAAUUCCGAUCCAGUCGCAUGCUGCCUCGACUGCAAGCGGAAGAAAGGCACGAGGCGGGCUAAUACAUUCCAAAGGAAGAUCCUCCUGAAGACACCCCGAUGCCAUGGGUUCACGGAGGACGGAUUCAGGUGCCAAAACCCGGAAGCAAGUGGGACUCCCACUUUCUGUAUUGAACACCACAAAAGACGCAUUGCAAUGGAGCCCUUCACGCCCGACACGCUGAAAGAGGCGAUGGAAGCGUGCCAGAACGAGUGCUUCUAUUGUCGCAAUAGUCUCACGGAGGAAAACGCAACUGUUGACAACCUCAUCAGGAAAAAGAAUGGAUGCACUUCCGAUCCAGUCGCAUGCUGCCUCGACUGCAAGCGGAAGAAAGGCACGAGGCGGGCUAAUGCAUUCCAAAGGAAGAUCCUCCUGAAGACACCCCGAUGCCGUGGGUUCACGGAGGACGGAUUUAGGUGCCAAAACCCGGAAGCAAGUGGGAAUCCCACUUUCUGUAUUGAACACCACAAAAGGCGCAUCGCAAUCGCAUGCGAGCUCUUCACGCCCGACGCGUCGAGAGAGGCGAUGGAGGCGUGCCAGAACGAGUGCUUCUACUGCCGCGACAGCCUCACGGAGGAAAACGCAAUCAUCGACAAUCUCAACAGAAAAGGGUUGAAGAAAGGCACGAAGUCGGCCAAUAAAUUCCAAACGAAGACCCUCUGGAAGACGCCCCGAUGCCGUGGGUUCACAGAGGACGGAUUCAGGUGCCCAAGCCCGAUAGCCGGCGGGAGUGCCACGUCCUGUCUCGAUCACCAUAAACGAAUGGUGAACUGGAACGUGGGAUCACUUAACGAAAUCCUGGCUGUGUUCUUCCAACACAGACGCAAGGCAGUGUCGUGGGAGCCCGUCUCGCCCGAGACGGAGCGAGAGGCGAUGGAAGUGAGCCAGAACGAGUGCUUCUACUGUCGAGACAGCCUGACGGAGGAGAGCGCGACUGUCGACAACUUGAACAGAAAAAGGAAGGGAAGAACUGCCGAUCUAGUCGCAUGCUGCCUCGCCUGCAAGACGAAGAAAGGCACCAUGCGGGCUGACACAUUCCAAAAGAAGAUCCUCCUGAAGGCACCCCGAUGCCAGGCGCUCACGGAGGACGGAUUCAGGUGCCAAAACCCGGAAGCAAGGAAUCGGAGAGUGAAUGAAAUCCACACCCACAAUAAGGUUGAGUCUGCGCAGCGACACAGCACCCUCGGGCAGUGCGGGCUCUGCUUCUCUCUCCGCUACCUUCGCACGGUCUUGCUCACGAAGAUGACAGCGUUGACAGAGUGCCUCCUUUUGGCGACAGUUGACAACCUCGUCAGAAAGAAUGGACGCAACGUCGAUCUAGUCGCAUGCUGCCGCGACUGCAGGUUGAAGAAAGGCACGAAGUCGGCCAAUAAAUUCCAAAAGAAGACCCUCUGGAAGACGCCCCGAUGCCGUGGGUUAACGGAGGACGGAUUCAGGUGCCCAAGCCCGAUAGCCGGCGGGAGUGCCACGUCCUGUCUCGAUCACCAUAAACGACGCGUCGCUGUGUCGUGGGAGCCCGUCACGCCCGAGACGAAGAGAGAGGCGAUGGAAGCGUGCCAGAACGAGUGCUUCUACUGUCGCAACUGUCUCACGGAGGAAAACACGACAGUUGACAACCUCGUCAGAAAGAAUGGACGCAACGUUGAUCUAGUCGCAUGCUGCCUCGACUGCAGGUUGAAGAAAGGCACGAAGUCGGCCAAUAAAUUCCAAACGAAGACCCUCUGGAAGACGCCCCGAUGCCGUGGGUUCACAGAGGACGGAUUCAGGUGCCCAAGCCCGAUAGCCGGCGGGAGUGCCACGUCCUGUCUCGAUCACCAUAAACGACGCGUCGCUGUGUCGUGGGAGCCCGUCACGCCCGAGACGAAGAGAGAGGCGAUGGAAGCGUGCCAGAACGAGUGCUUCUACUGUCGCAACUGUCUCACGGAGGAAAACGCGACAGUUGACAACCUCGUCAGAAAGAAUGGACGCAACGUCGAUCUAGUCGCAUGCUGCCUCGACUGCAGGUUGAAGAAAGGCACGAAGCGGGCUAACGCGUUCCAAAAGAAGGUCCUCCGGAAGACACCCCGAUGCCGUGGGUUCACGGAGGACGGAUUCAGGUGUCAAAGCCCGAUAGCCGAUGGAACUACCACGUCCUGCCGGGAUCACCAAAAAAAUUUGAACGAAACCGCAACGGCGCUCUUCCGAAGCAGACGCGUGGCAAGGACGAGCCAGCCCGUCACGCCCGAGACGAUGGAAGAGGCGAUGGAGGCGUGCCGGAACGAGUGCUUCUACUGUCGCGACGGUCUCACGGAGGAAAACGCGACUGUUGACAACCUCAUCAAAAAAAAGAAAGCACGCACUGCCGAUCUAGUCGCAUGCUGCCACGAAUGCAAAGAGAGGAAAGGCAAGACCCGGGCUCAUAAAUUCCAGACGAAGAUCCUCCUGAAGACACCCCGAUGCUGGGCGCUCACGGAGGACGGAUUCAGGUGCCAAAGCCAGAUAGCCGGCGGGAGUACCACGUUCUGUCUAGAGCACCAAAAGACGAAGAGGAAUAAAACUGCUAUCCGACUACAUGGAAAUUCCCCAUUUUUCUCUCUUCUGUGA